GCGGUGAAGAAGCGGCGGCCGCGCGCCGGGGGCAUUUUGUGUCGGCGGCGGCGGCUCAGGCACAAGAUGGCGGCGGCGGCCGAGUGAGCGGCCGGCGGCCGCCGCGACCCCGCGAGUCCCCCCCCUUUCCCCUCCCUGCUCGCACAAGCACCUCGGGGGCCGCUUCUCCUGUUUCUGGAGCGCGCCGAGAGCCGGGGAGCGGCGCAGAGCCGCGCAGGGGGGGGCGCCCGCCCGAGGGCCCCGGCUGGAGCUGAGCGCGGGGACCGUCCUUGGUUGCGCCGCUCUCCCCCCACUGCAGCCCCUCUCCCCUCCUCGGGGGCGGCCGUAGAGCCCUCGUUAUCCCGCCGAGCCGGCCGGGAGGGCCCGAGAGCCGCCCCUCGCCAUGGCGAGCAGCAGCGGCUCCAAGGCCGAGUUCAUUGUCGGAGGCAAAUACAAGCUGGUGCGGAAGAUCGGCUCGGGCUCCUUCGGGGACAUCUACCUGGCCAUCAACAUCACCAACGGGGAGGAAGUUGCUGUGAAGUUGGAGUCCCAGAAGGCUCGGCACCCCCAGCUGCUCUAUGAAAGCAAACUGUACAAGAUCCUGCAGGGAGGAGUUGGCAUCCCACAUAUACGGUGGUAUGGUCAAGAAAAGGACUACAAUGUUCUAGUCAUGGAUCUUCUGGGGCCCAGCCUGGAAGACCUCUUCAACUUCUGUUCUCGCAGGUUUACCAUGAAAACAGUACUCAUGCUAGCAGACCAGAUGAUCAGUAGAAUUGAAUAUGUGCACACAAAGAAUUUUAUACACAGAGACAUUAAGCCAGAUAACUUCCUAAUGGGUAUUGGGCGUCACUGUAAUAAGUGUUUAGAAUCUCCAGUGGGGAAGAGGAAAAGAAGCAUGACUGUUAGUACUUCUCAGGACCCAUCUUUCUCAGGAUUAAACCAGUUAUUCCUUAUUGACUUUGGUUUGGCCAAAAAGUACCGGGACAACAGGACAAGGCAACACAUACCAUACAGAGAAGACAAAAACCUCACUGGCACAGCUCGGUAUGCCAGCAUCAAUGCACACCUGGGCAUUGAGCAGAGUCGUCGGGAUGACAUGGAGUCUCUAGGCUAUGUAUUGAUGUACUUUAACAGAACCAGUCUGCCUUGGCAAGGAUUAAAGGCUGCAACAAAGAAGCAAAAGUAUGAAAAGAUUAGUGAAAAGAAAAUGUCCACUCCUGUUGAGGUUUUGUGUAAGGGGUUCCCUGCAGAAUUUGCCAUGUAUCUGAACUACUGUCGUGGCCUGCGCUUUGAAGAGGCACCAGAUUACAUGUACCUGAGGCAAUUAUUCCGUAUUCUUUUCAGGACCUUGAACCACCAGUACGACUACACAUUCGACUGGACAAUGUUAAAGCAGAAAGCAGCACAGCAGGCAGCCUCUUCCAGUGGGCAGGGGCAGCAGGCCCAAACCCCCACAGGCAAGCAAACUGACAAAUCCAAGAGUAACAUGAAAGGUUUCUGAGCAUGACGAGGAUGGGACAAAGCAGAGCAGAUCGGAGCAGGACUUGUCACUCCCCAAAUCCUAGAAAUUUUAGUUGAUACACUUGCCAGUGGCUGUGGGCAACCAUUUCCUUGGUGUAAAGAACUUAAUAUCAGUAUAAACUGGCUCUGGGCAGUGUCAGUGAUGCUGCACUUUGAGUUGUAGCAGCUGUAAUUGUGAAUAUUACUGAGAUAGUGAAACAUGGUGUCCAGUUUUCUAUUGCAUUUUUUUCAAGUGGAAAAGUUAACUAAUGGUUGACACACAAGUGGAGAAAAUUGUGCAUAUGCCAAUUUUUGUUACCUUUUUACUUUGAACUACACUGCUUAUGAGAUCUCAUUGUUUUGGAAGAAUGGCAUGAACAGUCUUCGGCAACAGUUGUGAUAAUUGUAAAUGCUCACAAUUGUGCACUCUUUUCUGGUUAUUCCUCCCUGGGUUUUGAAAGUUGUACACUUAAAACAUUCUUAAAGUUGUUGGCUUCUAUGUGCAACAUACCAAGCCAGCUGACAUGGUAGUAACCAAAGAUUCCAGUUUUUAAGCAUAUGAAAGACUCUGCCUGCUUACCUGUGCUAGAAAUAACAGCAUCUAAAGUGAAGACUUAAGAGAAACUUAGCGACUACUAGAUAAUCUUUAGGACUCUGCAUUAACUCUAUAAUGUUCUUGGUAUAAAAGGAAAAACAGCAUAUUUGUCACGAAAUUUAGUUAACAUCUUACAACUGAACCUGUAUGUAAGUUGCUUAGAUAAAUGUAAUCACUGUAAACAUC